AUGCAACUGUGCAAUAACAUAUGGAAUAUAUUAUUAUUCAUUGGCUUUUUCGUUUUUAUAAUAUUUAUUUUAUUAUUAUUUGACAGUAAACUGAAAUCUUCAUUGAUAUUCAAUAAUAAAAUACAAUCUUCAUUACCUCGUCGUUUUCUUGCAAUUGGUGAUUCAUUAACUGCUGGUUAUAGUGAUCGUGGUUUAUCUUUUCAUUCAUAUUCGAUUAAUUUAACAAAUUUAUUUUCAUCUGUUCAUAUUCCAAUAAUUGUUGAUCAACAAGGUGUAACUGGUGAACAUGUUGUUCCAACAAUGAUGAAAAGACUUGAAAGAAUUUUAUCAAAUAAAACUAAAUCAUAUUAUGAUUGGAUAAUUAUAUUAGGUGGAACUAAUGAUUUAGCUUAUAAUAAAAACGCUGAUAAAAUUUUUAAUGAAGGUUUAAAACUAAUGUAUAAUAUGGUUCUUCAAAAUACAAGAUUAGCUGUUAUGACUGUUAUAGAAAAUGGUCAUUAUUUACCAGAACAUAAACAAGAUAAAGAAAGACGAACAUUAAAUACAAUGAUUAGAAAUUUUACUGAGAACUAUGAAGAUAAAAAAAGAAUUUGUCUUAUUGAUCUUGAUAAAAAGAUUCCAUAUCAUAGUAUGAAAGAUAUUAAUCAAAGAAAAGCUAUUUGGGAUGAUCCUAUUCAUUUGAAAGCUACUGGUUAUGAUCAAAUGGCAAAAUUUAUUUUUGAAAAACUUUAUAAAAAAAUAAAGCAAUAA